AUGCGUCAAGCACAAGAUUUGGAUGUCGAACUCCAACGGUGGAUCGUACGAGCACGAUCGGAUCCUUCGUCCUGGGUUAGGCCCGUUGAAGUCGAUUUCGACGGAGUCAUGGUGUGGUGCACAAACGUUGAUAACCCUAGGGUGUUAGUCCCUACAUCGAUCCAGAGGGAGGUGUUUCACGUGAUCCACGACUUGGGACAUCCGGGGAAGAAAGCAACUCUGCAGCUUAUCAAAGAACAUUAUUUUUGGCCUGAGAUUAGUAAGGAUGUUUCAUUAUGGUGCAAAAUGUGUAAUUCUUGUCAAGUAUCGAAGGUUCAGAGACACACGAAGUCGCCUUUGAAGCCUUUCCCACAGUCAACAGGAAGGUUCGCCGAGGUCAACGUCGAUUUGGUUGGGCCAAUCAACCCUCCUCAUCGCGGGAAAAAUUUUCUGCUUACCGUAAUCGAUCGCUGGACGGGACUGGUCGAAGCGUAUCCAUUGUCACAAC